AUGUCUUCUAUAGACGAACUAAGUGAAAUUGUUAAGCCAGAGAAAGGAAGUAAGAAGAAAGGUAAAGCAAAGGGAUCUUCUGAUGAGGAUAUGUUGAGUGAGGCAGCGACGCAAAAUUUUUACUACGGGUGUCAUAAUGUGCAGGAGUUACUUCAAGCUCGGGGCUAUUGUCCACCUGACUUUGAAAAGAAAAAAAAAAGGAAAGAAGUAGCAAUAAGAAGUAAAUUAUUUAUGGCUUGCAUUACAAUACUUUUACCGUUUAAGAGAAGGGAAAUCACAGAAAAGAGAAAUGAAAAGACUAUACUGAUGAGGAUAUGUUUAGUGAAGCUUCUGGCAAUUUUUAACUGCAGGUGUCACAAUGUGCAAGAGUUACUUCAAGCUCGGGGCUAA